GCAGCUUCUCCUCUUCCUCCUCCUCCUUCCUCUCUGCCUGACUAUGGAGAGUCCGGACGGAGCUGAACUCUGCUUCCCACAGCUCCUGAACACCUCGUGCAGGAAGCCGCAGCAGGAUCGAGCUGAGGCCGCUUUCCUUUACGUCCUCUUGUCCGGCAUCUCGUUGCUCACUGUGACUCUCAACCUGCUGGUCAUCAUCUCCAUCUCCCACUUCAGGCAGCUCCACACCUCCACCAACCUCCUCCUCCUCUCGCUGGCCGUCUCAGACUUCCUCGUUGGCUUCCUGCUGAUGCCGGUUCAAGUCCACCUCGUAGGCGGCUGCUGGUUUUUGGGAAGGUUGAUAUGCAGUUUAUAUAACUAUGCCUCUUUUAUUGUUACAUCUGCCUCAGUGGGAAACAUUGUGCUCAUAUCGGUCGACCGAUACGUGGCCAUUUGUGAACCUCUCUGUUACCAUACCAAAGUCACUCAGAAAAGAGUCAAAGUGAGCGUUUGUCUGUGUUGGACCAGUUCUCUGUUGUACAACGGCGUGAUACUGAAAGACUCCCUGAAAAAUCAAGACACCUACAAUUCCUGCUACGGAGAGUGUGUGGUCGUGAUUAACUUCGCAACAGGAGCUGUUGACGUCGUGCUGACCUUCAUUGGCCCCAUUGCGGUCAUCGUCGUUCUGUACAUGAAGGUGUUCGUGGUGGCUGUGUCUCAGGCUCGAGCGAUGAAGUCUCACAUCGCAGCCGUCACGCGCCAGGGAUCAGUUCGUGUAACCGCCAGGAAGUCGGAGAGAAAAGCAGCCAGGACUCUUGGAAUUGUCGUGGUUGUGUUUCUAAUAUGUUUCUGUCCGUCUUUCUAUCCCUUUCUCAUGGGACAGGACAUGUCAACCAGCGGGGCAUUUUCGAUUUUUGGUGUGUGGCUGCUUUAUUGUAACUCCUGUAUAAAUCCAGUGAUUUAUGCUUUUUUCUAUCCCUGGUUUAGGAAAUCAAUCAAACUCAUUGUUACACUUCAGAUAUUGCAGCACAACUCCUGUGACGCACACAUACUGUAGCGAGAAUUUAGAUAAUAUAAAAUAUAAGAAUAAGGUUUGCUUAUUUAAGGACAGCAUGUUAAAACAGAACAAGCUUUUCUCAGGUUGUGUAUUAGCACCAAGCUAGUUUUUAUUAUCUGAUACAUAACAGCAGAUUCUUUCUUGUGUUGUUAAACUGCCUGUUUGGUUUUCACACGUCAAGUUGGUGUUAGUGAUUAAAGUGAGCACAGCGUUAGUUCAGCCAGGCUAGAAAUUUGAGCUCAGCCACAAUUUAAUGCAUCAGCUGACAGCAGCAGAUCCUCAUUUAUGAAUUCAAUUGACAAAUCUCCUAUAUGCUCUAUUUAGACCUGGUAUCCUGAGAGAUCUGAUCUCAAGUGGACGGCUCCAUUGUGUGUUCGUCAGUUCACAAUGUGUCCUGAAUUUGUUUCCAGUGACCAGUUGUGACGGGAUCUAUGAAGGUGAGUAUGUUGCAAAAUGCAAGCACAUGUAUAUGGAAUUGUGAACUUGUAGAAUACAAUGCGAGAUCUUGUAGAACCAAAAUCUGAACUUUAAAUUUUCAAAAUAUUCAUACACAUAGGAGCCUGAAUUUGAAGUCACAGGGAAAGAAAAUUGACAAAUGUGUAUAGAUUGAUAUUUACAUGUAUGCACUGGUGGCUGCAAACUUGUAAUCGACAUAUGUCGCAAAAGUCAAGGCACAGAUUCGUCACUUGUGAUUUGAGAGGUUGUAAUAAGAGAGUUGUGGUCGUACAAAAAAUGUGCCUCUAUUAAAAAUAAUUAAAGUUUGCAGCCGCUGUUGUAUUGUCAAUAUCAAUCUGCACAGUUGUGAAUAUUUUUUAUGUAACUCCAAAUUCAGGUAACAUGUUUGUGAAUAUUUUAAGUGAAAGUUAAAAUUUAAAUGCACAAGUUCAGAACUUUGUUCUACAAGCUCUCACAUUGUAUUCUACAAGUUCACAAAUCCGAUAUACAAGCGCUUGCAUUUUGCAACAUAUUUUGCUUCAUAGGAUCUCGCUUCCCCGCUCGAUAUACAAAUAAACAUGUAUGUCAUUUAUGUACAUGAAGAUCAAAUUAUGUUUUCUUCAGCAAGUUGGACUAUACAGUUGUGUCCAUUGUCAAUGUGUGUGCUCCCAGAACAGAGCCAU